AUGACUCUUCUCCUCCUCAUCCUAGCAGCAGUCUUCGCGUGCCUCGGCCGCGCAGGGGAGUUCCCCGAGAUCUCGCGCGAGGUCCUCCUAGGCGACCAGUCGGGAUACUGGGCCUCGGCGCGGCAUUUCGACAUACUCGCCGAGCCACAGGUGCGCGAGUACACCUUUGACCUGUCGGUCGCGUACGCGCCGGUCGGCGGGCUGGUCAAACGUACUCUCCUCGUCAACGGCAUAUCUCCAGGUCCCCUCAUCGAGGCCAAUGUCGGUGACAACAUUGUCGUCCAUGUCCAAAACAGCAUGCCGAACACCACUGCCAUGCACUGGCACGGCCUGCGUCAGGUCAACACCAACUUUAUGGACGGCGCGGCCGGAUUCACCCAAUGUGCCAUUCCCCCAGGAGGUACCUUUACGUAUAGCUUCACCGUUGUGGACUCGGGCACGUACUGGUGGCACUCACACGUCGAGCUGCAGUACUCGGACGGCCUGUUUGGUGGGUUCAUCGCGCACGCCAAGGAUGACGGUGCCAAGAUGCCGCCAUAUGAUGACGACCUCCUCCUCCUCAUUGGAGACCUGUAUAACACGCCCACGAACGCGCUUAGCUGGCGUUUCUUCAACGGCCUCUUCCGGCCGUACGCACUCACCGAGCCAAUGCCAGACGGCGGGCACAUCAAUGGCGUGAGCCAGGCGCGCUGUGCUUACGUCCCCACCAACGCCGAUCCGCCCCCUCCCGACCCAAACCAGCCCCCACCCCCACCCCCUCUCAUCCCCCUCCCGCCACCGGACCCGAACCGCCCCAUCUUCAACGCCACCAACGAGUGCGGCAACUACCCGACAACGUAUUGGAACGUCACUGCCGAGACUGACAAGACGUAUCGCCUCCGCCUGGUCAACGUCGGUACACACAACGACAUGAUCUUCAGCAUCGACGACCACGACCUCACCGUCAUCGAGAUCGACGCCACCCCUGUCGAGCCGUACCCGACCAAACGCGUGCGCCUCGCUGUCGGGCAGCGCGCAUCGGUCCUCAUCCACACGGAUAAGCCAGGCGCCCACUGGAUCCGCAGCGUGCUCGGCCUCAACCAGAUGACCUACGUUGGUCCCGAUGUGUCGAACACGACCCUCGCGGUGCUUCGCUAUGGUUGUGGACCGACUGAUAUGCCCUCCAUCUCCGCCGAUGAGGCCGCCAUGACAACCGGAGGCUUUGCGUACGGUGUCGGCGGCUCUGUCCAGCCCGGAGACCCCAACGAGCCGAGCUGGUCAGACAAGGCGCCGACCGUUGGCCCUUUGACGGUCUUCAAACCUGUCGGGGCACCUCCCGCACCACCAUCCACACAGACAGUAUACACUGAGCUCGGUGUCAGUAUCAUGCCGCAGGGCCCGCGCAUUACAUUCAACAACAAGUCGUGGACGCCGAUGGAGGGGGCGAGCGCCGCCAUCUUCAUGGUUCAAGAAGGCCAGGAGAUUGGCAACGACGCAGGCGACCACCGCGGCACACAGUUCAAUGUGGUCAACACGGACCCCACCGCUGUCAUCGACCUCAUCAUUCAGACUCCCUUCGGCGCAGCCCACCCCUUCCACCUCCACGGGCACAACAUGUGGGUCCUGGCACAGGGCAUGGGCAAGUUUAACGGCACAACCAACCUCCUCCCAACCGACGGCGCCAUGUAUCGCGACGUGGUGGUUGUGCCCGCGAGCAAGACUGGCGCGCACCUCGUGUUGCGGAUCAAGGCGGACAAUCCCGGCGUGUGGCCGUUCCACUGCCACAUGCAGUGGCAUAUGAUGUUUGGCCUUCUGUUUACUCUUGAGAGCCUUCCGGAUCAGAUUAAGACAAUGGACAUUCCGGGCCGCGAGUUGUGUCAGAUGGGUUCCUAG